AUGUCCAUGACCACUUGUUGGUGCUCGCAAGAUGUCGCCGCACGGGCAAAGGAAUUAUCUGGGGCGCAGCACAGGCACAUGGUAGCAGGCCAAAACGGUGCCCGGUUUCUUCCCGGCGGGCCCGACUCCUCCCAAGAAAAGUGCCUGACCCGAUCCGAGGUCACCGCCAAGUUUCUUCCUAUAGCUGCCCAAUAUAAAACCAGGACCGCGUCCAGACACCAGCAUCAGUAUUUGUCGACUCGUCACAUAGUGAACUACACAUUCCAACAAACGAAUUCACUUCGUUCUUUUCCGAAACGGCAAUUCAGUUUCCUAUCAAAAAUGUUCAAGGUUGUCGCUGUUUUGGCGUUGGCUGCCAUUUGCGUUGCAGAUGACGCAUACAAACCAGCAUACAAGGAGGCUUCUUACGACGACCCAAAGUACAUCUUUGACUGGGCCGUGAAGGACGACUACACCUACAACAACUAUGGCCAGACUGAGAGACGCGACGGCUACAACACCGACGGCUCCUACUUUGUGGCCCUGCCCGACGGCAGGAUCCAGACUGUGAAAUACUACGUCAAUGGAGACUCUGGUUACGUGGCUGAGGUCACCUACUCAGGAGAGACCAAAUACGACGAUGCCUACAAGAAGCCAUCUUAUGCCCCAGCACCCUACAAGGCUGAGGCCAGCUACCAAAAGCCCGCCUAUGCACCUGCCCCUGCCUACAAGCCCGAGCCAUCCUACAACAAGCCCGCCUACAAGGCUGAGCCAGCUUAUGCACCUGCGCCCUACAAGGCCGAGCCGUCCUACAACAAGCCAGCCUACAAACCCGCGUACAAACCUGCAUAUGCCCCUGCGCCAUACAAGGCCUGA